AUGCGCCGGAAUCGCCCUGGGCGAGGGCGGCGGGACCCUCCCCCAGCCUCCUGCCCGCUCCCUGGGGCAGAGGGCCGGGGCGGCGGCACCACGGGCGGCCGCGCACCGAGGGCUCCGCCGCGGGACGCGCUGCGCUGCGCUGCGCUGCCCUCCGCCCCCCCUCCCGGCCCGCCGCCCCCCCUCCCGGCCCGCCGCCGAGCGCACCUGCCCGCCGCUCCGCUGCGCUCCGCCGCCCGCACCGGAGGCGCCCGCACCGCUGCGGGAUGCGGCCAGCCUUCCGGAAACGCUUCCCAGCCCGCUGCGCUUACCCAGGAAACGAUUCCGGCCGCCGGCCGCGGCCGCCCCUCCUCUCCCUCCGCCCCGGCCGCCGCCCAGAGCCGCGGCCCGCAGGGGGCCGGCCGGGCGGGGCGAGCGCUGCGGAGCCGUGUGGUGGGUGUGCCCGCUGCCAGCCCCCGCUCCACCCCCGCCUCACCCUCCCCAAACCCGGCUCCCGCCCCGCCUGACCCCACGGACGAGGUCCUUCGGCGGAGCAGCAUUGGGGGGCUCUUAGUCAACAUCUCACUGGCACCCUCCAGAGCAGAUGUCCGUCUGUGA